UACAUACAUAUAUAGAGAGAAGUGAGAGAGACAGAGAGAGAGACCGUUAAUUUCUGUUAGUUUAUAGAAUUCGGAAAUGAGUGUAGAAGGAGGAGCAGCUGCUUCUGCAGCAGCAGCAGCAAUGGUGUCUGACGAGGACAUAGCUCAGGCAUUGGUAUCAGUCCUGCGUGAUGCUAACCCUAGCGAGCCCUUGAGCCUCGACGGCGUCGUUCAGAAGCUCCAGUUCAAUCUCGGAUCCGACCUUUCCCACAAAAUGGACUUCAUCCGGGCUCAGAUCCACCACUUCCUCCGCCCUCCGCCGCCGCCACCCGCCCUACACUCUCAUCCGCAGCUGCACUUUCACCAGAAGGACCGUUUUGCCCCCUAUCCCCACUCCAAUUUCCCCCCUAUCCAUCCUUCCCAGCUCCCUCCUGAAUACGCCGCCCAUUUCCCCCAAAAUUACGGGUUUCGCCCUCUCCAUCCGCCUCCGCCGCCGAUGUUAGUCUCGAAUAGUGAGCCUUUUCCCUCAUCUGCCGCCUCCACUGCUGUGCCUCACGCCCAUGAAGUAGCGCCGGCUCCUGAACCCCCCAAAGACAGUACUCAAACUGGAAGAAAGAGGAGAGGUGGCCCAGGUGGGUUAAACAAACUCUGUGGUGUUUCUCCUGAACUACAGACCAUUGUAGGCGAGGCAAAAAUGCCAAGGACUGAGAUUGUUAAGCAGCUAUGGGCAUACAUAAGGAAGCAUAAUCUCCAAGAUCCAAAUAACAAAAGGAAGAUAAUUUGCAAUGAUGAGCUGCGCUUAGUGUUUGAGACAGACUGCACUGAUAUGUUCAAGAUGAAUAAGUUGUUGGCUAAACAUAUUACUCGUCUUGAACCUUCAGUGCAGAUUCUGCAGAAUACUAAAAGAAUUAAGACAGAUGAGGAGACUGGUAGUAGAACUGAUGAAUCUGUCCAAAUAGUUAUAAUAUCUGAAGCACUGGCAAACUUUUUUGGCACCAGUGAAAGGGAAAUGUCUCAAGCAGAGGUCUUAAGGCAGGUCUGGGAAUACAUAAAGGUUAACCAGCUUGAGGACCCUAUAAACUCAAUGGCAAUACAAUGUGAUGCAAAGCUGCAGCAGCUUCUUGGAUGUGAAAGCAUUUCUGCGCUGGGUGUACCAGAAAUGCUGGCACGCCAUCAUCUGUCUAAGAGAUCUUGACAGCUAAUGAUAUUAUUGAUACUAGAUGCUGAUGCUAACUGUUAAUCAUCCAAAUAUGCGGUGGAGAAAAACGUUUUGCUGGCUUCCCCCUUGUAAGAAAUGCAAUGUUAGUGGUUUUUAAUUUUGUGAACAGGAAGGUAAAAUAUGGUGGAUAGGAUUGGAAAUGUGCUCUGGGUGAUUUAGAAGUUUAUUUAUUAGGUGUCUGUAAACCCCCAGAGUGUUUAUCUGUAUAAGCUAGGCUGCUGCUGCUGCUGCUUUUUUAAUGUCAUUUUCUCUUACUUCCUGUAAAGAUGGAAUAGUUUCACAGAAGAGAAGAAUGUAAAGCUGAUUACCCUACACCCCUCCUCUUCUAUUCA